GGGGACAAAUGGGCAAAUAUUAAACAUCAAACUGCCCGCCCGACGUCUCUUCUCUCCGCCCCUCCCUCUCUCCGUCCCCGAGCCCAAGCUCCCUAAUCCCUAAAACUCUAUUCUCAUUCGCCUCGUCCAGCCCUCGUGCUUUGACUCUCUCACUCACACACACUCUCUCUCUCUUGAUUCAUACAUACAUACACUCCACGCCUGUCCCACAUCUCAUACUCGUCCCUCGACUCUGUCUCUCUGCUACAUCCUCUACAGUCGUCUGAUGUACUUCUCUCCUUCAUGAACGCCUAAUGGCGAGUUCCUCCUCUACUUCGUUCCCGUCAUGAAGACCGUCACGAAUGUAUACGCUGUCUGCGCCUUCGCCGCCCUUGGCGGCUGCUUGUUCGGCAUGGACAUCGCAAGCAUGUCAGGUGUGCUUGGAACCUCGGCGUACAAAAACUACUUCAAUCAUCCACGAAGCUUCACCCAGGGCUACAUCACGGCCUCCAUGCCCUUGGGCUCCAUCUUCUCAACUCUCGGUUCGUCUUGCAUGUCGGAUCGCUUCUCGCGCAAAAUUGCCAUCCAGUUGGCCUGCAUUCUGUGGAUCAUCGGAUCUGCGUAUGUCUUGCAUAGUCUAUCAAAAUGUCCGACGCUGAUUAUUCUCCGCAGACUCCAAUCCGGAAGCAAUGGCGUCCCUAUGCUCUGCGUCGGACGUUUCGUUGCGGGCUUAGGUGUUGGUAUCGCCUCUGCGGUCGUGCCUGUCUACCAGGCCGAAAUUGCCCCAAAGGAAAUCCGAGGCCGCGUCGUGACUUUGCAGCAAUGGGCUAUUACUUGGGGCAUCUUGAUUCAAUACUUUGUGCAGUACGGUGCCUCUCACGUAGGCAAUGGACCGGACUCUCCUACUCAAAGCACCGCUGCUUUCCGCAUUCCGUGGGCCCUCCAAACCAUUCCCGCUUUCAUUCUCGCCAUCGGCCUGUUUUGGUUUCCCUAUUCUCCUCGUUGGCUCGCGGGCCAGGAUAGGUGGGAGGAGGCCAUUAUGGUGCUGGCUGACCUGCAUGCCCACGGUAAUGUCAAACACCCAAAAGUCCUGGCGCAGUACCGCGAGAUUGAAGAAGCCCUGCGAUUCGAGAAAGAGGUGGCCGCCGCGGGCUGGAGCGGCCUUCUGGACAAGAAGAUUGCGAAGCGCGUCCUCAGUGGCAUGUCCGUCCAGACCUGGGCUCAGCUCUGCGGCAUGAACGUCAUGAUGUACUACAUUGUCUACAUCAUGGAAACCGCAAACAUUGGCACCCCCCUCCUCACAGCCUCCAUCCAAUACAUCAUCAACGUCGUCCUCACCCUUCCCGCAAUCCUCUACAUCGACACUUGGGGCCGCCGUCCCACGCUCCUCCUCGGCGCCCUCUCCAUGAUGGCCCUCCUCUUCACCUCCGGCGCCCUACAAGCCAUCUACGGCACGCCCACCACAGUCCCAGACUCCGACCUCUCAUGGCACAUUGUCGACAACGCGCCCGCAUCGCGCGGCGUCGUCGCCUGCUCCUACCUCUUCGUCGCCACCUUUGCCGUCUCCUGGGGCCCCGUCUCCUGGACAUACCCGGCCGAAAUCUUCCCCAACCGUGUGCGCGCCAAGGGCACCAGUCUGACGACAGCAACAAACUGGGUGUUCAACACCGUGCUUGCGUUUGCCGUGCCGCCGCUGCUGUACCGCAUCGGCUGGCGCAUGUACAUCCUCUUCGGCACCUUCAACGCCAUCGCCUUCGUGCAAGUCUUUUUCACCAUCCCCGAGACGAAGCAGUUCAGCCUCGAGGAGAUGGACGCCGUUUUCGAGGGCCCCGCCUGGCGCGGCCCCAAAAAGGAGAGUCGGCUCGAUGAUCUCGAGCUGCAGAUUGAGUGCGGCGUCGUCGAUGUGCGGGGGCCCAAGGGCUUGGAUUGGGAGGAUCGCGGCAGUUGGGAGGGCAGCUCGAGCAUGUCGAAGGGUGGCAUUGGCGUCGAGACCACAGUGGAGAUGCGCGAGAGCUGGGUGGAUAGUGGUGGUUGGGCGGGGCCGGGUCGUGCGCUGUGAGACGUGCGUCGGGUUCCGGGUUCUGGGCAUGGC